CGUGCUGCGGAUGAGAGGAUUAUUGAAAGCGUGCAGGUAGAGGAACGUAAUUACGUUGGUAGUACUUGGGAGAGAGAACCUGGGUGGGCGAUUGGUGGUGAGUCGGCAUGUACAUGUAGGAGUACCAAUGUACGUACAAAUGUAUGUACAGAUACAUAGGCGUGCAUGUAGUUACAGAACACGUCGUGCUCCCCCAUACAUACGGCGGCGUGUCGUGACCCCAAGUAUUCACCUCCAAAGCUCAAUUGCCGGAAGGAAUCUCACGAACGCAUCUGGAGCGAACACGUGGAGCCGCAUCGUUAGUUCUAGACAUUCCUCAUGUGCAUUUUUGUUUUUUUGUAUUUCUUUUUCUGUUAUUUGCUCGAAGGGUCGGGAUUUCGAUUGGCCGUGUAUUCAUGCGCGAGACACAUGCUCCCCCGUUGGACAUAAGGAGGACUCCAUCCCGGAGCCCCGCUGCAAGACGUAUGUACGUACGUACAGAUCAAGCCAGGUAAGUCCAAUAUGCAGGUGAGCCGUCGAAUCGCCGUACGGGAGCCGUCGAAAGGC